AUGAUUCUUGGAUCGGUCAUAAUGGUGGUUCUACUUCUAGUAGUGGGGAUCUUAUCCCCUGCGUCCCAGUCAUUACGGUUUGAAUUGCAAUCGGGACAUACUAAAUGCGUAUCCGAAGACAUCAAAAGCGAUUCUAUGACGGUGGGGAAGUAUCACGUUGUCAAUCCAAACCAAGAUCACCCUUUGCCCGAUUCUCACAAGCUCACUGUCAGGGUAGCGUUGCCGAAGGGAAACACUUAUCACAGGGCGGAAAAAGUGAAGACGGGGCAAUUUGCAUUCACGGCGGCGGAGGAGGGAGGUUACACGGCGUGCUUCUGGGCGGAUGAUCAUUCACCGCGGAUCACGCUGACCGUUGAUUUUGACUGGAGAACUGGAGUUCACGCCAAGGACUGGUCUAAUAUUGCCAGGGAAGGCCACGUCGUGGUGAUGGAACUGGAACUGAACAAGUUGUACGAUGUGGUUACCUCCAUUGAGGAGGAAAUGUUUUAUUUGCGUGCAAGAGAAGAAGAAAUGCUGGAACUGAACAAAGCUACAACCUCCAAGAUGUUCUGGUUGUCCUUGCUGUCGCUUUUCCUUUGCUUGUCCGUAGCAGGACUACAAUUUUGGCACUUGAAAGCCUUCUUUGAGAAAAAGAAGCUCAUUUAGA